CACAAAACAGGGGACGAGGCAGGUCGUUACACUCACUGAUGAGCAGCAGAUGUUAACUGGAGGACGUACACGCAGACUAUCGAUAUUUAAUAUUCUCCCCACAGUUUUUGUGACUUCAUUUUUUGACAGCAACAUGUUUUCAAAGUGUGCAAAAACUUUGCUGUUGGUUCUGUUGUGUGCGCGUGCUGCAGCAGCCAAUAACGGCAGUGUACGUGGGAGGUCCUUUACCAGAUAUUCAAACACAGAUGAACCGAUAGAACUGGAUGAAUUUUCGCGACUUGAUGUUCAGCAAUUGAAUCGCUCUCCAAGUGACCCGUUGCAAAACAUUAGCAUCUACAGCAGGCCGAAUAUCUCAGAGCAGGCGCUGCUGUUUCUAACGGGCCCCGUGUCCACCAUCCUCAUGCCUUCCUUCUACACGCUGGUCUGCCUCUUCAGUGUACCGAUCAACAUCUGUGCAGUGCUGGCCUUCACUCGGAGGAUCCGGCCUAAGAAGCCAGCAGCCAUAUACAUGCUGAACCUGGCCUGUGCUGACCUGCUCUUUGCCACGCUGCUCCCCUUCAAGAUCUCCUACCACUUCGCCGGCAACAACUGGAUAUUCGGCCCGAUCAUGUGUCGCGUGGUCACUGCAGCUUUUUACUGGAACAUGUAUUGCUCUGUUCUCCUCAUAGCUUGCAUCAGCGUGGACCGGCUUCUCGCUGUCGUCUAUCCUAUCGACUCCCUGGCUUGGAGAAGGCCGAGGAACGCGAACAUAGCCUGCAUAGCCAUGUGGAUACUAUCCCUCGCUGGUUCGGUGCCCCUCGUGCUCUCCGACCAAACUGACCACCUCAGAGAGUUGGACAUCACCACCUGCCAUGACGUCCAACCCGCACAUGAGCUAAUCUGGCGCUACAAGAUCUACUUCAUCACCCUCUGCUGCACCCUCUUCUUCCUGCCGCUGCUCGUCACUGUGGUGUCCUACGCUCGGGUGAUCUGGUCGCUGAACAGGGUCCCACGUGGAGUACCAGGACGCUCACGCAGAAAAACAAGAGCAGUGGUGAUGGCUCUAACCGUGCUGGUGAUAUUUGUGCUGUGUUUCACACCCACAAACUGUCUGCUUCUAGCGCACUACCUGCAGUUUAACGAGGAAGUCGUGAAGAGCCGCGAGGCCCCCGAUGGCUCCUACGCAGUCUAUCUGGUGUUUAUGUGUUUGGGAAGUCUCAACUGCCUCCUGGAUCCUCUGGUCUACUACUUUGGAUCAUCCCAGUGCCAGAAACAACUAUCCAACUUGCUGAGGUGUCAGAAGAUUACAGAGGGCAGUAGCAGCAGCCAUUCAUCAUCCAAUUCGUGCAGAUCCAGCUCCAGAACAAUUCUGAAAUCCAGCCGAGCAGAAAGCUCCAACAUAAACACUCAAAACACCAAAAUGGACUCUUUCCAAGCAAACCUCAACAGCCAAUACAAGAAGCUGCUCGUCUGACAGACAUCAAUCAGAGGGGCUUAACUGACAACUACCUGUAAUUUUAAAGUUAUGAAACACUAGGAAAAUGGUAUUAUGAAGUCCAAGUAAAAGCAAAUAAAGAGCACAAAGUUAAUAAUCUGCUUUUAUGGUUAAAAUGAAGGGAACUGAACCUGUCGUGCCCACAGAAAUAACAACAUGCCUUUUGAAUGAUGAAUAUCGCAGCCUAAGAAAAGGAAGGAAGUUGAGAUUAGAUAAGAAUGUGCUUUCUAGAACAAUUCUGCUGAACAUGUGAUACUAUGAAAUGCUUUUAUUCGUGCACUGUAUGUGUAAACGCUUAUGAGUUCAUAAGCUGCAUGUGAAUCUGUAAGUAUCGCAUUUAAUGUAAUGAAACUACUUGCUAUUUUGUCAUAUUUGUGUAUUUGUUUUUAAUAUAUGUUUGCUGAGAAGCUUGUUUUUAAGCACUUGAAUCAUGUCUUACCUUUAAAUAUAUAUAUUUACUGCUUUUUUAUGCUACUUUUGGUCUCUGAAUAAAUAUGUUGUAUCAUU